UAUGGCAUUGUGUAUCCAACGCUGCUUAGCUCACGAGAUUCUGAUGAAAAAAAAGUAUUAAGAAUAAAUGAGCGCAUGACGCUCAAUCUGGAAAGGAGCCAAGUGUUCUCUGAUCAAUUUAUGUUCAUAUCCGAAGAAAAUGGAGAGCGAAUUCAUCUACCUAUGCGAAAGGAUGAUUAUGAGAAAGAUUUGUAUCAUGAUCAAGAUCUGAUGGCUUCAUUAAUGGUCCGCACGGAUGAUGGUGUACACGUGGAAGGCAUCAUUAAUGACACUCUGCGCAUCAAGCCUCUGUUGCAAAUGGCCCGUUCCGAAGAAGGCCACAUUGCUCAUAAGUUGUUUCAAAUGCCCCACAGAACAGACAAUCCUACCAAGCACAGAGACUACAAGGCUCGAAGCAGUGGAAAAACCUACUACCCCGAAAUACAUAUCGUGCAAGACUCAGUACAUGCUCAAGUAUUCGGGUUUAAAAAGAGUGAUGUCAUCAUGUACUUUGGUGUCUUCUUUAACGCCGCUGAAAAGUACCUUGUUCAUCCCAGACAGGACCAGUAUCAAAUUUUAGACGAAGAGACGCUGGCAGAGUUUAAGCGAUAUUAUGAAAAUAAAACUGAGUAUACUUACUCUGACUUGGUAUAUCUAAUCACCGGGCGUGACAUGGUCUUCUAUGAGAACGGAGUUCUCCAGACCUGGGUCGGAGGGUACUCGUAUGUGGGAGGAUUUUGCCAAAAAUUUAAAGUAGGCAUGAGCGAAGACCCCCCCGGGAGUUAUUAUGGCGUCCAGGUGUUCUCUCAUGAAGUUGGACAUUCGUUAGGCUGUGUUCAUGAUGGAAGCCCUGCACUACCAGAGUUGCCCGGGCAUAAAGGUUCUUCGACAUGCUCUUGGGAAGAUGGUUAUAUGAUGAGUUAUGUGAUGGCAGACAGUAAAAUGUACACUUUCUCGAAGUGCUGCAUCGCUGACAUCACCAACCUGCUGAGCCGCUCCGAGUGGAGCUGUCUGAGUAAGCGACAGCGCAAACCAAUCAAGCGGAAAGGCUUACCCGGCCGGCAAAUAUCUGGCAACGAAUACUGCAGACGCUGCUACCCAGGCAGAGCUGGAAUGCACUACAAUAAUAAAUACGGUGUUAGAGACUGCAAGCUACAAUGUGAGGACAACCAAGGUUCCUACAUACUCGGCGUGCCCGAUGGUGUUCCAUGUGAUGUGGAACGAAAAGGACGCAAGCACUGUGUCCUAGGAGAGUGCAUCAAAAAUCACGGCGAGUAACCGAAAAGAAAGACAUGCAUUACAUUUGGAUAUUGCAUUUUUCAAUGUUCACUUCCAUAAUUGCUGGCUUUCUUCGAAUAAAAUGCGUGGAUCGGAA